AGCUGAGCCGAGCCCGGCCUCGCUCUGCUGUUUUCUUCUGGUCCAUUCAUUGGAGGAGGAGGUGUUGGAUCAGCACCGACCGAGCCUUCAGAAACUUUCUGACAGAGCCAGACGCUCCGGCCGGCGUUCAGAGAGCUGGUCAGGAGAGAGAUGGUGUGAUUCUGUGAAGAGACCCCACCACCACCACCACCACCACCACCACCACCACCACCCGUCUCCUCGACCCCCUUCUGUCUGGCGGAGGCUCUGCCUCAGACGACACAGAUCAGGAAACAUGGCUCAGACUCGGAGGAGCACCUACACCCGGACCACCAGCAGUGGCAGCAGCAGGAUGAGCUCUGACGGAGGUGGUCGGCCCGUCAAAGUGGGCUCCCUGGUGGAGGUGAUCGGUAAAGGGCAGCGCGGCACGGUGGCCUACAUCGGCAACACGCUGUUCGCCUCGGGGAAAUGGGUCGGAGUCAUCCUGGACGAGGCCAAGGGCAAGAACGACGGCACGGUGCAGGGCAAGCGCUACUUCACCUGCGAGGAGAAUCAUGGGAUAUUUGUGAGACAGUCACAGAUCCAGCUCGUCGAUGACGGCGCCGACACCACGUCUCCGGAGACUCCUGAGCCCGGCACCGGCAAGGUUCCCAGACGAGAAAUCCAGGAGACGCCCAAAUCCACCAAACUGCGAGGAGUGAAGCCCAAAAAGGUGCUGCAUGUUUCUCUAACCUCGACUCCGGCACCUCGUAAGACCACGGCCAGAAGGCCAAAGCAGCCCAGCCGACCUGCAGCAGGCGGGAAGGGCGCUGCGUCCGGCUCUGCCUCGGCGUCCGCCGGCGAGAUGAGCAGCAGUGAGCCCAGCACGCCGGCCCAAACCCCGCUGGCUGCUCCAGUCAUCCCCACCCUGCACUCCCCUGGAAACCCUCCAGCCCCUGUCCCCAGCAAGGAGGACAUCACCAUGGAAACGCAGGAGGAGGAGGCGCUGCGCGGUCAGGUGAAGGACCUGGAGGAGAAGCUGGAGACGCUGAAGAUGAAGCGAACGGAGGACAAAGCCAAGCUGAAGGAGCUGGAGAAGCACAAGAUCCAGCUGGAGCAGCUGCAGGAGUGGAAGACCAAGAUGCAGGAGCAGCAGGCCGAGCUGCAGAAACAGCUCAAAGAGGCCAAGAGGGAGGCAAAAGAGGCGAUGGAGGCAAAGGAGCAUUACAUGGAGGAGAUGUCGGACACGGCGGAUGCCAUCGAGAUGGCCACGCUGGAUAAGGAGAUGGCCGAGGAGAGGGCGGAGUCUCUGCAGCUGGAGGUCGACUCCCUCAAGGAGAAAGUGGACGAGCUCACCAUGGACCUGGAGAUCCUCAAGCACGAGAUCGAGGAGAAAGGUUCAGAUGGUGCCGCCUCCAGUUACCACGUGAAACAGCUGGAGGAGCAGAACGGCAGGCUGAAGGAAGCACUGGUCAGGAUGCGUGACCUGUCGGCGUCAGAGAAGCAGGAACACGUGAAGUUGCAGAAACACAUGGAGAAGAAGAACGUGGAGCUGGACGCUCUGAGGAGCCAGAAGGAGAAACUACAGGAGGAGAUGACGGCGGCAGAAAAGACCAUCGACGAGCUCAAAGAACAGGUGGAUGCAGCUUUGGGGGCGGAGGAGAUGGUGGAGAUGCUGACAGAGAGAAACCUGGACCUGGAGGAGAAAGUCAGAGAGAUGAGAGAGACAGUUACUGACCUGGAAGCGAUUAACGAGAUGAACGACGAGCUGCAGGAGAACGCCCGAGAGACGGAGCUGGAGCUGAGGGAGAUGUUGGAUCUGGGCGCCGCCAGAGUCCGAGAGGCUGAGAAACGCGUGGAGGCCGCUCAGGAGACGGUCGCCGAUUACCAGCAGACCAUCAAGAAGUACCGCGAGCUCACGGCUCACCUGCAGGAGGUGAACAGAGACCUGACCAGCCAGCAGGAAGCCUCAGCAGAGCUGCAGCAGCAGCCGCCCGCCGAGAUGUUCGACUUCAAGAUUAAGUUCGCGGAGACGAAGGCCUACGCCAAGGCCAUUGAGAUGGAGCUGAGGAAGAUGGAGGUGGGUCAGGCCAACAGACACGUCUCUCUUCUGACCUCCUUCAUGCCCGAGUCCUUCCUCCGUCAUGGUGGAGACCACGACUGCAUCCUGGUGCUGCUGCUCAUCCCCAGGCUCAUCUGCAAGGCCGAGCUGAUCAGCAAACAGGCCCAGGAGAAGUUCGACCUGAACGAGAACUGUGUGGAGCGAGCCGGGCUGAAGGGAGCGGUUGGGGAGCAGCUGAGCUUCGCCGGCGGUCUGGUGUACUCGCUCAGUCUGCUGCAGGCCACGCUGCAUAAAUACGAGCAGGCUCUGUCUCAGUGCAGCGUGGACGUCUAUAAGAAGGUCGGCUCUCUGUACCCGGAGAUGAGCGUCCACGAGCGCUCUCUGGACUUCCUCAUCGACCUGCUGCACAAAGACCAGCUGGACGAGACGGUGAACGUGGAGCCGCUCACCAAGGCCAUCAAAUACUAUCAGCACCUGUACAGCAUCCACCUGACGGAGCAGAACGAGGACUGCACCAUGCAGCUGGCUGAUCACAUCAGAUUUACCCAGAGUGCCUUGGACUGCAUGGCGGUGGAGGUUGGUCGUCUGCGGGCGUUCCUGCACGCCGGGCAGGAGAAGGCCGACCUGGCCGUGCUGCUGAAGGACCUGGAGACGUCCUGCAGCGACAUCCGACAGUUCUGCAAGAAGAUUCGCCGCAGGAUGCCCGGGACCGACGCGCCGGGCAUCCCGGCCGCGCUCAGCUUUGGACCACAGGUGUCAGACACGCUGUCGGACUGCAGGAAACACCUCACCUGGGUGGUGGCCGUGCUGCAGGAAGUGGCUGCAGCCGGAGCGCAGAUGAUGUCACCGCUCGGGGAACAGGAAGGACUGGCGGCCGUCAAACUGGAGGACGUGGCGUUCAAGGCAGGAGAGCAGAUUUACGGAUCUCAGGGCGCCGACCCGUACGAGUACCUGCGCCAGUCCUGCAGCAUCGUCAUAGCAACCAUGAACAAGAUGGCCACCGCCAUGCAGGAGGGAGAGUAUGACUCGGAGCGGCCUCAGAACAAGAACCCUCCACCUGUGGACGUGCGAGCAGCCGCUCUGCGCGCUGAAAUCACGGACGCUGAAGGACUCGGCAUGAAGCUGGAGGACAGAGAGACGGUGAUCAAAGAGCUGAAGAAGUCUCUGAAGAUCAAGGGGGAGGAGCUGAGCGAGGCGAACGUCCGCCUCAGUCUUCUGGAGAAGAAGCUGGACAGUUCAUCCAAAGACGCAGACGAGCGUGUCGAGAAGAUUCAGACUCGUCUGGACGAAGCUCAGACUCUGCUCAAGAAGAAAGAGAAGGAGUUUGAGGAGACGAUGGACGCCCUGCAGGCCGACAUCGACCAGCUGGAGUCGGAGAAGGCCGAGCUGAAGCAGCGAAUCAGCAGCCAGUCGAAGAUGACCAUCGACGGGCUGAGAGGAACCGGCCAAUCAGGAAUCGCUUCCAUCGUCACGGGAAUAGCAGGAGACGAACAAAAAGCCAACAUGAUGUCAGCUGUCGGCUCGGGUUCGGGCGUCCAGGUGAUCGACUCGCCUCUGCUGACUCAGCAGAUCGAAGCUCAGAGACUGUGCAUCAAACACCUGAAGAACGACAACAACCGACUCCAGGCGGAGAAGCUGCGUGCUCAGCUCGCCUCCUUGCCUCCUCUCCACGUCACGAAGCUUCCGUGCAGAGACGGAGGUCGUCCUGAAGUUGUGUCCAGCGCCCUGUACCGUAAGACGGACCAGCUGCUGGAGACGCUGCUGCAGAUGAGUGCCAACGUGAAGGUGGUGGACAUCACGGGGAAGUCUCCAGUGACGGCGAGCGCUCAGCUGCUGGAGCAGACGGCGAGGUUACAGUCUCUGAGCGACACGCUGGGCCGGCUGAAGGAUGAAGUCGCGGAGCACGUCGUCAACCAGCGGCCCGGAGCUCGAGUCUCGUCGGAUUUCGCGACGUUCCCUUCGACCUCGUUUGUGAAGGUGAAGGAGGAGAAGCAGGCGGACUCGGUGCUGGUGGGUCGGGUCAUGGUGCCGUGUCCUCGCGGCCAGGAGCAGGUCCAUCGCCUCGUCCUGUCUCAGUUCCAGCUGCAAAGAGUUCACAGUCUGCUGCGAGCCUGAAGCUCUGCAGCGACAGCAUCGUCAUCAUCAUCAUCAUCGUCAUCGUCAGCUCGGCUGCGUUCCACUCCAGAACCAAACACGUGACGUCGUGCUGAGUCAGUCUGAGACGAUUAACGGAAAAGUCAUUUACUCAUCGUUUGGUUAUUUAUUGAAGAAGAUGAAGAUGAAGAUGAAGAUGAAGGCCGCUCCUCAGACGUGACUCAAGAAAUCUGAAGACGACUGAUGAAUUCACUAAUGAUUAACAUUGACCUGAAGGACUGUGUGAGGACACUGAUCAUCAUCAUCUGCACAACAAGUAGAUCCUUCAAGCUGCUGCAUGCUGCGCACACACACGCACGCACACACACACACACACACAGUGUUGGGCCCUGGUGUGGAACCUGCAGCUUCAUGUUCGGUCAAACUCUGGAUGUCUCCGUGUCUCUGCUGCCUGUUUUUAAUGACGUGAAGAUAAUUCGUUAUUUUAGAAUCUAUUUAAACUUUUCUGCCGUUUGAUCAAAGACUGCAAAGAGUGAUCCGAGUGAUCAGUGGACGGAGUGAUGGGUGGACGGGGUGGACGGAGUGAUCAGUGGACGGAGUGAUGUGUGGACGGACUCGGGUGAAGCUCGUGCCGUCAGAGCAGCCCGUCUGUUUUCAUGUGAAUUUAAAGACGAUGAUUUAUUUAUUUAUCGAGCUUGAAGUCGCUCAGCUCGUUUGUCCGAGCCGCUGACCUGCACACAGCUAACGUGCUAACGAGCGCUCGCUGCCUUAUUUUGAUUGGUUCACAGCAAAACGCCAUCUUUGCCAAAGAGUUGAUUUCCUGAAUCAUGGUUUCACUUGAAGUUUGACGUCCUGUGGCCGUAGAGCUUCACUGAGCUUCCUGUUCCUCGUGCUCUGACUCGUCUUAACGUUUCCUCGUGUGGCUUCGCUCUGAUAACUGAUCAAUAAAGAUAUUCAAGCCU